UGCCAUGGCUAAUAAUUUUUUAAUGAAAUCACCGUUUUGUAAUUUGACAUAUUCAAAAAAUAACCAUGUAAAUUAAUAUAAAUUGUUAGAAGAGUACACAGCUGAAAUAUAUGAUAGGUGGCUUUUGUUGUGCAAGUGGAACUAUACUAACAAGGGAGAUAAGCCCAAGAAAUAUGCUUCAUGCAAUUUCAAACAAUUUAUCAAUUUUCAGGGAGUUGUGUUUUGACAGAAGAUCCGUCACGUGAACACCAUGUCAGUUAAUGUACCUGGCCUGAUUGCCAUCAUUGUGUUUUAUUUGCUCAUCUUAUUGGUUGGAUUAUGGGCGGCAAGAAGGUCAAGACAAACGACCACCAAUAUAGACUCUCAACAUGUGAUGUUGGCAGGGCGUGAUAUAGGUGCAAUUGUGGGAGUUUUUACGAUGACAGCGACAUGGGUGGGAGGAGGUUUUAUCAAUGGAACAUCAGAGUACAUCGUGAGAGACGGUUUUGUAUGGUGCCAGGCUCCCUUUGGAUACGCACUAGCCUUGAUAUUAGGAGGAUACUUCUUUGCCAGUAAGAUGAGAGCUCAGGGUUAUAUGACAAUGUUGGAUCCUUUCUCUCACAAAUAUGGACAACGAAUGGGUGGCCUCUUAUUUCUUCCUGCAUUACUUGGAGAAAUGUUUUGGUCAGCCGCAAUCUUAUCUGCUCUAGGUGCUUCUUUAACCGUUAUACUGGACUUAAACUCAACUAUUUCUAUCAUUAUAUCAGCAUGUAUUGCUGUGUCCUACACUUUGUUUGGAGGACUGUACUCUGUAGCAUAUACAGAUGUUGUACAACUCAUCUGUAUAUUUGUUGGCCUGUGGAUCUGCAUACCGUUUGCCUUCACGCAUGAUGCUGUUGGUGACAUCACUGUUGAUAGCACAGCUAAAUGGGUAAAAACCUUGGACCCCGCUUCUAUAGGGUUGUAUUUAGACAGCUAUAUGCUACUAAUGUUUGGAGGAAUCCCGUGGCAAGUAUAUUUCCAGCGUGUGUUGUCAGCAAGUACGGUACGAAAUGCCCAGAUCCUCUCAUACAUAGCUGCAUUUGGAUGUAUUAUUAUGUCAAUACCUUCCAUUCUCAUUGGAGCCAUUUUUACUGUAACAGACUGGAACCAAACUGAGUAUACAAAAGAAAUUACUGACGAGGAUUUAAACCUUGUACUGCCACUAGUUCUGCAAUACUUGACUCCGCAAGCAGUAGCGUGUGUUGGGCUUGGUGCUGUUUCUGCUGCAGUAAUGUCGUCUGCUGACUCUUCUAUACUGUCUGCUAGCGCCAUGUUUGCUAGAAAUGUAUAUAAACUGGUUUUCAGACAAAAGGCAUCGGAAAGAGAAAUCAUUUGGGUUAUGAGGAUAACUAUAUUUUGUGUUGGUAUGCUAGCAACUGUGAUGGGCAUCACCGUAGAUUCCAUCUACACACUGUGGUUCCUGUGUUCAGAUCUUGUAUACGUUGUGUUGUUCCCACAGCUCUUGUGUGUUAUAUAUCUACGUUGGACUAACACAUAUGGUUCACUAGUUGGAUAUAUUCUUGGUCUAUUCUUUCGGCUAGCUGGAGGUGAAAAAGCACUAAAUAUUCCCGUACUGAUAAAAUAUCCUUAUUAUACUGAUGCAGAUGGCCAGUUGUUCCCCUUCAAAACACUUUGUAUGCUAAUAUCACUGACAUCUGUAGUUAGUUUCUCCUUUGUGGCAAAAUAUUUGUUUGAACAUGGUAUAUUGCCCAGAAAUUUAGACGUAUUCAAAUGCGUUGUAAAUACAGGAGAUGACGAUAUGCGAAGAAAAGAGAUUAAAGAACAGAUGGAAAUGUCGUCGGUUGCACAGGAAGACGAGAAGAUAGGAAGAGUAAAUCCGGAUUUUUCACAUUCAGAAGACGACAUAACAGCAACGAAAGGAAAGGAACAUGCUAACUAAUGGGAGAACACCAAUAUAAAAGACCCAUUGCAGUGAAGUGAACUGAUUCUACUAUAUACUAUUAAUCCAUAUAUCAUAUAAUCAUCGUAAAUGUUAGACUUCUAAAGUUGACUUUUUAAGAUUUUGUUCAAGAAAAAUAUAUAUUCAGAUUUAUAGGUUUCAAGAUACUAUUGCUUUUACUACGCGAUAGUUUUGUUCUUUUUUGUUAUUUUCUUUUAGUGAAUGAAAUCCUAAUUGUUAGUCCUAAACCUGUCGAAAAGUAGUGCCUGUCAUCAAAGGGAUUUCGAAGGUGUGAAAUCAUAAGAUGUCCUAAAAAAAUUGUCAAAAUGAUAAUUUCUUUAAGUAAGCAAAGUGGCCAAAGAGACGGAAGGGCUGUCACACAUAAACUAUAGUAAGUCAUCCCAUUCGGUACAUGGUUCGACAUGAAGCAUUAUUUUUUCUCUAGGAAAAUGUAAAUGUGUUUUAGGAACUUUUUAUGAUGCUGUGGAUGUGUGUGUGGUGGUCAAGGUAGUGCCAUUUUUCAACAACAGUAUUUCAGUGUAAUUACAGGCAUUUUCCUGGAUUUUGUAUUAUAAGUAACUUAUAACCUUUCCACAUAAUCGGAUGUACAGGACAAGUGAGCCGUGCCAUGAGAAAACCAACAUAGUGGGUUUGCGACCAGCAU